AUGUUAUCUCGCUCUCUGGUCAACUACGCUCGACGUUCGUUUUCUGGCUCAUCUGUGGCUCUUUCCGGUCAUAAUAAGUGGUCCAAAAUCAAGGAGAAGAAAGGCGCAAACGAUGUCAAACGAAAUGCGGCCAUAACUCGCGCGACUCGAGAUAUACUCACUGCGGUUCGACUUGGGGGCUCUCCUGAUCCAGAAAAGAACUCGGCUCUCGCGGCAGUUUUGCGUAGACUUAAAGACAUCCCCAAAGAAAACAUAUCGUCAGCCCUUGAAAAGGCAGCCAAACGACGUGAACUCAACGGAGAAGAUGUAGUCUACGAGGCAUUGGCGUACAAUGCUGUUGGCCUUAUAAUCGAAUGCACGACCAACAAUCCAACAAGGACUGCCGCCAAAAUCCGGGAAAUCCUUUCUGAGCAUAGUUCUCGUCUGACCCCAGUGCGAUUCAUGUUCGACCGGGUUGGAUCCGUCACUGUGAUCAUGGACAAAAGGGAGGAAGAUCAUGAACUGGACUUGAUUCAGCUUAUUGACUACGCGACGGACAAUGGAGCGGAAAAUUAUUCAGAGACGAGCUUCGAGAAAGAAAUCCAAAUCGAGUUCACUUGUCGUCCGGAAACCCUGGGAAAACUCGCAUCAGCACUCGCAGACUCCCCAGGGCUUUGUCGAGCCGUCUUGGGAAGUGAAGUUGUUUUUACGCCCACGUCAGACCUCAACCCAUCAUUGGACCAAGAUAGCGAGAUGACCGAAAAUGUUACCGACCUCAUUCGAGAGAUAGAGGAAAAUGAAGAUACCAGGCGUGUCUGGGCCACAUGGAGUCCAACCGCGUAA